GGCGGUGGGUGGCGCCGAAGGGUUUCGGUCUGUCCGUCUCAUUGGAAGGGAGGUCGGCGCUCGGAGAGGUUUUUCUCCCCCUCGCUUGGAUCCCGGUGCGCUUUCUCGGUGCCGUCGGUGCCCAUCUUCCCACGGCGUGCGGAGCGGGACCCGAGCGCCCCGCGCGCUGCUCCGCCGGGAGGCGCCGCUGCAUCCCGGGUCUUUCGGGCGCUGUAAUCCAGGGCGUUUGGUGUUCACGUACGUUUAAGCUAGGGGCUUUUCUCAGCAUGCAGUCCCUUUAGAUUUGGCUGUGAUAACCAGCCAGUCCUGCACACUGGACAUUUGGCUUGCAUCCCCAAAUCUUACUGCUUUUCUGGAGGAUACAAUCUUACAUUGUCCUGGGCUUGAGUAGUAAAGGCUGAUAGAAAAAUGAUCGCCUCAAUAAACCCUUUGUUAUGCUGCUAAAACUGCCUUUCAAUCCACGAUCUCUUGUGAUUUUUAAAACACAAAUCCAAAAAUGUCAGAACCCGACCCUUCAUCUGGAUUUGUAGGAAACAUGGAAAAUGGGACUUUCCUGGAGCUGUAUCCCACAUCCCUUUCAACUUCAGUGGAUUCAUCGACUGGCCGUUUAUCCAAUGUCUAUGUCUAUGUUUCUAUAUUCCUUAGUCUCCUAGCUUUUCUUCUUUUGCUAUUGAUCAUUGCACUUCAGAGGCUGAAAAACAUAAUUUCUUCCAGUUCCUCCUACCCAGAAUAUAACAGUGAUGCUGGAAGUUCUUUCACUAACUUAGAGGUUUGUAGUAUUUCUUCCCAGCGCUCUGCUCUCUCAAAUCUUUCUUCAUGAAACUAAAUGAGAUGCACAGGGAAUGGAAGAGCUUUGUCUAGUUUCUUGGGGAGGUAGUGCAUGCAAUAUUUGCCUUAGAAGACUAUUAUGAAGAGGUGGCUUUUAAAGUUUCCUUUUUUUUUUUUUUUUUCCUUUCCUUUCUUAGUCUUCAUUUCCCCUUUUACUAAUGUUUCUUUUCAUUCUGGACAAUGUGUAACAACACCUGAUCAUCGUUUAUUGCCUGUAAUAGUGAUGUUGUUUGUUUCUCACACAUACUCGGUGUUCAUUAAGAAUAUUCCUGCCAAACUGUAAUACAGUUGUAACUGGGUGUGUAAUUUUUCUGCCUUAGUUGUGACCCCUUCCCUGGUUUUGUAUCAGUGAUAUGCUAACUACUUCUCUUUUUUCUUUUUUUAAUUAAAUAAGGACUUCUGUAUGAAAUACCUAUUGCAAAAGAAUAAAAAAAAAGACAGCUUAAAUUAUAAAUAUUGGAACAGUUUAAACUUGUUGGUAUUGUUUCUUUUUUAAUUUUGAUGUCUUUUUCAGUAUUUGUUGAUGUUUAUAAAACACAACUAAAAUCCAUUUCUUGAAGGAUAUUACUUUUGUUUAUUUGUACUCCCAACUCAUUCUGU